UCGGUGGGGGUGGGGGGGGGGGAGGGGGGGGGGGGGGGUGGGGGGGGGGGGGGGGGGGGGGGGGGGGGGGGGGGGGGGGGGGGGGGGGGGGGGGGGGGGGGGGGGGGGGGGGGGGGGGUGGGGGGGGGGGGGGGUGGGGGGGGGGGGGGGUGGGGGGGGGGGGGGGUGGGGGGGGGGGGGGGUGGGGGGGGGGGGGGGUGGGGGGGGGGGGGGGUGGGGGGGGGGGGGGGUGGGGGGGGGGGGGGGUGGGGGGGGGGGGGGGUGGGGGGGGGGGGGGGUGGGGGGGGGGGGGGGUGGGGGGGGGGGGGGGUGGGGGGGGGGGGGGGUGGGGGGGGGGGGGGGUGGGGGGGGGGGGGGGUGGGGGGGGGGGGGGGUGGGGGGGGGGGGGGGUGGGGGGGGGGGGGGGUGGGGGGGGGGGGGGGUGGGGGGGGGGGGGGGUGGGGGGGGGGGGGGGUGGGGGGGGGGGGGGGUGGGGGGGGGGGGGGGUGGGGGGGGGGGGGGGUGGGGGGGGGGGGGGGUGGGGGGGGGGGGGGGUGGGGGGGGGGGGGGGUGGGGGGGGGGGGGGGUGGGGGGGCCCAGAGGCAUAUCUGGGGGGAAUGGUGCCAAGAGACAACCCCUUCUUGGGGGCACCGAGGCCCGCCCUUGCUGGCCUGCACAGAGGCCAGUGAGCGUGUCUCAGAAGGAGUAGUCUGGAAGCACACACUGUUUGAUUACAUGGAGGGGUGCCCAGCGCUGCCUUACGUGACCAACCAAAAGAAAAGGCCUGGGAGCAGUGGUGGCAAAGCCUAUGCCAUGGAGUUGCCAGAGGUGGCACUCAAGAGCCCUCUCUGUGGGCACUUCGCCAACUAA